CAUAAACACCCCCGUCAGCAGAGCUUCAACACCAACAGGCAGCAACUCAUCUCAUCCUGCUCUCAUUUUCUCUCUAUUUUCUCUCUAUGACCUCAAUAAAACGACCGCCAUCAAAAUGACAUCCGCAGCCCCAACCCACCACCACGUCGUCUGCCUCGAAGAAUGCCACUGCCCCAUCCCGCCCUUCUCCUUCCCCCACACCUACACAGGCUACGACUCAACACCGCCCUCAACACCAGCCCUAAUCUCAGCGCUACACGACGCCACAAUCGCAAUCACUACCAUCGUGCCAAUCACACCGGACGUGCUGCAGGCCUGUCCGCGCCUGCAAUGCAUCAUCGUCAUGGCCACGGGCGUCGAAUGGGUGCACGAACACAUCUCCGCGUUCCAGUCGCGCGGGGUCACGGUGAUAAACUGCCCCGGCGCGAAUGUGGGCACUGUUGCCGAGCAUGCGAUUGCGUUGUAUUUUGCUGCGAGGCGGAAGGUUGUGGGGUUGCAUAAUUUGAUAACGGGGUCGGGUGGGGAUGAUGAGUAUGCGGAGAAACGGACGCUCGUGCAUCGGUUCCAGGGCGGCCCGCCGCAUACGACGCAGCAGGAGGUUGUGGCUAUAAUUGGGUAUGGGGCUGUGGGGAAGCGGAUUGAGGCUGUUGCGAGGGCGCUUGGGAUGCAGGUUCUGAUUGCGGAGCGGAAGGGGGUUAUGGGGAUGCAGGUGAGGGAGGGGAGGGUGGGGUUUGAGACGGCGGUGCAGAGAGCUACGGUGGUGAUUGUUGCGGCGGCGAAGAGUGGGGAGACGGUUGGGUUGAUUGGGGAGGGCGAGUUGCAGGCGAUGAGGAGGGAUGCGGUGGUUGUCAAUGUUGCCAGGGGAGGGAUUGUGGAGGAGAGGGCGCUUGUUCGGGCGUUGAGGGAGGGCUGGAUUGCUGGUGCGGCAGUCGAUGUGUUUGAUGGAGAGCCCCCCGUGCGUGGGCAGUCGGUGCUGCUGGAGGAAGACGUGCCGAACCUGACGCUGUCGCCGCAUAUUGCGUGGUUCUCGGAGUCGACAAUCCGGAAUCUGCAGGAUUUGUUGGUAGAAGGGCUGGAGGGGUAUAUCGAGGGGAACUUAGUUAAUGUUGUCUGUUAAUCUUCGACUCGAUAAUAAUGCAUGUUUAGCUAUAAGAACCAUGAGUAUAUAGCUUCUAUAAAUAUAGACUACCGGUCAUACAACAUUGAAAAUGGUAAACUCAGCAUCAGCGACAACUAUAUACAUUAAC